CGUCAUCGCCCCAUCAUGUCUGUCCCCCAGUCAGCUCGCUUUAUCCUUUAGCUUCCACACCGACAAAGUGUUCCAAUCCCAGGACUUUAAACUUACUUUUCUCAACCUUCCUCGGCACAAAGAAACAUUUAAGGACCACCUGAACAUUCGUACUUCCUGCUUCUAUUUUUUUUUUUUUUUUUACAACGAGACUUCGGAGGGAGACUUUUUUUUUUCCCCCACCCACCUUUUUUGUAUUUCUCGACCAUUAAGUUUGAGUUGAAAAAGGAGCAGGCUCGUAUUUAGAAUGGCAGGUUUGAACUCUCUGGACGCCGUCAAGAGGAAGAUUCAGAGUUUGCAGCAGCAGGCGGACGAGGCCGAGGUGCGCGCGCAGCUCCUGCAGCGAGAACUGGACAGCGAGCGAGAGCUCCGCGAGAAAGCAGAGGGUGAUGUUGCAGGUUUGAACCGUCGCAUCCAGCUGGUGGAGGAGGAGCUGGACCGGGCCCAGGAGAGGCUGGCCACCGCGCUGCAGAAACUGGAGGAGGCGGAAAAGGCUGCAGACGAGAGCGAGAGAGGAAUGAAGGUGAUCGAAACCCGAGCCAUGAAGGACGAGGAGAAGAUGGAGAUUCAGGAGAUGCAGUUGAAGGAGGCCAAGCACAUCGCAGAAGAGGCCGACCGUAAAUAUGAAGAGGUGGCUCGCAAGCUGGUGAUCCUGGAGUUAGACUUGGAGAGAGCCGAGGAGCGGGCCGAGCUCUCAGAAUGUAAAGCCGGCGACUUGGAGGAGGAGCUGAAAAAUGUGACCAACAACCUGAAGUCCUUAGAAGCCCAAUCUGAAAAGUACUCUGAAAAAGAGGACAAGUACGAGGAGGAGAUCAAAGUUCUGACUGACAAGCUGAAGGAGGCUGAGACCCGUGCAGAGUUUGCAGAAAGGUCCGUUGCCAAACUGGAAAAGUCCAUCGAUGACCUGGAAGAGAAAUUGUCACACGCCAAAGAGGAGAAUGUGGGUAUGCAUCAAGUCCUGGACCAGACCCUGCAGGAACUGAACAGCUUAUAAACUCAGACACAAAAGAUGAGAUGUAACAUUCCAUUUAAGUUCCACUCCAUUCCCAGAAGUAGAAUCUUUUUUUUGGGGGGGGGGGGGGUUAAAUUAAAGGCCUACUGAAACCCACAACUACCGACCACGCAGUCUGAUAGUUUAUAUAUCAAUGAUGAAAUAUUAAAAUAGCAACACAUGCCAAUACGGCCGCUUUAGUUUACUAAAUUACAAUUUUAAAUUUCCCGCUGAGUUUCUUGUUGAAAACGUCGCUGAAUGACGUUAUUGGUUGUAGCGGACAUAUUAGCACAGCACCACUUACGGCUAAAAGUCGUCUCUUUUCAUCGCGCAAUUACACAGUAUUUUGGACAUCUGUGUUGCUGAAUCUUUUGCAAUUUGUUCAAUUAAUAAUGGAGAAGUCAAAGUAGAAAGAUGGAGGCUGGAAGCUUUUAGCCUUUAGCCACACAAACACACGGUGUUUCAUUGUUUGAAAUUCCCGGAGGUGAAGCUUUACUAUGGAUCAGAGCGGUCAAGCGAACAUGGAUCCCGACCACAGUUUUCGGUGAGACAAUUGUGGUAAAAAGUCGCCUUUUACCGGGGAUCAGCGGAGUUUAUGUCCUGCUGCAGCUUCGUGACUUCCCUCAGAGACUGGCGUCAACACACCCGUGGACACACUCCUCCGACUAUCAGGUACUAUUUAACUCACUAAAACACUAGCAACACAAUAGAAAGAUAAGGGAUUUCCCAGAAUUAUCCUAGUAAAUGUGUCUAAAAACAUCUGAAUGGCUCCCAAUGCAAUCGCUUUUUUUUUUUUUAGUCCUUCACUCUAAAUUUCCUCAUCAACGAAUCUUUCAUCCUCGCUCAAAUUAAUGGGGAAAUUGUCGCUUUCUCGGUCCAAAUAGCUCUUGCUGCUGGAGGCUCACAUUAUAAACAAUGUGAGGAUGUGAGGAAACCUCACACCGGUGACGUCACGCGCACAUCGUCUGCUACUUCCGGUACAGGCAAGGCUUUUUUAUUAGCGACCAAAAGUUGCAAACUUUAUCGUCGAUGUUCUCUACUAAAUCCUUUCAGCAAAAAUAUGGCAAUAUCGCAAAAUGAUCAAGUAUGACACAUAGAAUGGACCUGCUAUCCCCGUUUGAAUAAGAAAAUCUAAUUUCAGUAGGCCUUUAAAUGAGUCUAUUUUAUUUUGAAAAAACGGAAGUCAAACCCCAUUCAACGUGUCCCCAUAAUGAAGCCCACAAAACAGAAACAUAGGAGGCAAGAGUUCACAAAAAGGGAAAAUAAGGUGAUUUAACUCCUGCAGCGCCCCCCAGUGGUGACUUGAUUGAUUGAUUGAUUGAUAGUACAGUACAUAUUCCGUACAAUUGACCACUAAAUGGUAACACCCCAAUAAGUUUUUCAACUUCUUUAAGUCGGGGUCCUCCUUCAUCAAUUCAUGAUCAAUCCCCAAGGCCUGCUACAAUUCAAGAAAUAAAGUAUUUGUAUUUUAUACAUGUUAGCUUAUUUGAUCAACUUUUUUUUUUAAUUGCUACAAUUUAGUCUUUUUUUUAAUGACUUUGUUAUAAUGUGAGCAUUCCCCAAAUAACUGGAAUCAAGUUUCCUCAACCUUACUUCAUGUAUAUAUCAGAAUAAUCUUGCUUUUUGGAGUCUUUUUUUAUUACUUUUUGAUGCCAGGGGGACUUUCAACACCAAAGAAAACUCGCGCAAUUAAUUUGGAACAUUUUUUUUUGGAUGUCACCUCAUGCCGAGGCCAUUAUUCCGAUAAAGCUGCCAAUUUUUUUUCGUAAUAAAUGUUUACAGAAUUGCACGGUGAUUUUGGACCCUUGAUUGUUCAUUUUAUGUUCACUUAAGGAUGUUAUUAACAUUUGCCUGGACACUACUUUCCUGCACAAUUAUGGACAUUUGUGUCAUUCCUGGAAGAUACAAAAAACAUCAUCAUUAUUGAUAUAUGUCAAUAAAAAUGUUGGUUAGUAAUAUUUUACGGGGCGUCGGGAACCAAAUUGAGCGAGUUUUAAUGUCAUCUCAUUACGAUGAAGUUCUUCAAUGUCACCGAAUAAAUGUUUUACAGAAAUA